AUGGCACAAAAUAAUAAAGAAUUAAAUAUAUACCAAAAAUUACAAAACAUUCAAUCAAGAAGUACUGAAGUCCUAAAAGAUAAUUUAAAUAAAUUUCAAAAUUAUAAUUAUUACACUGAAUUUCAAGUUUUAACCUUUUUGAAACCUUUAUUGAAAGAGCAAGGUUUGUCUAUCGAUUUUGCGGAUUUACCUUCUGAAAAUUACAAGGUGGAAUUAGUAGAUAAAAAUUGGAUAGUCCAGUAUUGGAAACAAAUUACUUUAACCAAUGUUGACAAACCAGAAGAAAAAAUUAUUAGCAAGAUUUUUGCCCUUGGUUCUAACCAAGAUAUAUCAAAAGCAAAAGGAUGUGCAGAAACUUAUACAGUGAAAUAUUUUUUGCAGAAGUUGUUUUUAGUUCCUACUAAUGAUAAUUUAGAUCCUGACCGAGAUCAGUGGACUAGCAAAUCCAGAACAGAAGAACCGGAGGAAAUGGAGAAUAUUAGUCCAAAAUCUAUUCCAAAUGUCAAACCAAAACCACUUCUUAAUACUCCGGACAAUAAAAAAGAUCAACUUUGUUCGGUUUGUAAGAAAAAUUUAGUCUAUUAUCCUGACAGUAAUAAAUGA